UACAAGGAGGUGUCAGAAUCUGUUUUUUUGGAUAUAAAAGGACCUGCGAUUCGAGUUCUGGUUGUGAUUUCCUGGUUUUGUAGCAAUUGAAGUGAAGAGGAAUCGAAGAAGAAGAUAUGGAUAUGAAUGGAGGGAGGAAGAGGAAUAUGAAGGGUCACGUAGUGGUGAUAUCAUACCCAGCAACAGGCCACACAAAUCCCAUGCUACAGUUUUCAAAGAAUUUGGCUUCCAGAGGUGUGAUCGUUACCUUCGUCAAUUUUAACUUAAAUCAUCGCAAAGUAAUACAGGCCAGAGAAUCUCUACAACGCCUGAAGCUGGAUAUACGUUUUGAAUGCAUUCCAGACGGUCUUCCUGAAGAUGAUUCCACUCUCGACUCAAACAUCAAUCCCGCAGUGUUUAAGCACAUGCAGGAUAAUAUGGACGGCUCGGGACUCGAACGCUUGAUCCAUCGACUCCACGCUAGCGGGGACACUCCUCCAGUCUGCUGCAUAAUCUACAAUUCGUUUCUUCCUUGGGUUCGAGAUGUUGCAAAUAAACUGAACAUUCCUCAGGCUUUGUUCUGGACGCAGUCUGCUGCUGUUUUCUCAAUUUAUCAGCACUUUCAAAACGGAGAGGGAUUGGAUUGUGGAAGAAUGCCUCAAAACGUCAUAAUCCCUGGCCUUCCUGAGCUGAAAUUGACGGAUUUACCUUCGGCGUUCAUGGAAACAAGCGGAUCCAUCAACUAUUAUCUAGGGCAGUUGGAGGUUGUGAAAGAUGCCUCGUGGGUGAUUGCAAAUACUGUGUAUGAGCUAGAGCCCGAAACAAUCAAUUCCCUAAGAUCGACCUCCCUUCCCUUCCUCCCAAUCGGCCCUUCAAUACCCACGUCUUUUCUGCAGGAUCAAAAUGCAGAGGACACGCAGGUGGGGGCGAAUCCUUGGAAGGCGGCCGAUUGCAUGGGAUGGCUGAACAAGAAACCUCCGCUGUCCGUUGUAUACAUUUCAUUCGGCAGCAUCCUGGUCAUAAGCGAUGAACAAAUCCAAGAACUGGCUGUGGGCAUCCAACAAAGUGGGCAAAACUUCUUGUGGGUGAUUCGGGCACCUCCAGGACACGAUCACAUUGCGGAGGUUUUGCCUGCGGGAUUCAUGGAGGAAACUAAAGAAAGAGGUUUGGUGGUGGAUUGGUGUGCUCAAUUGGAGGUGCUCUCUCAUCCGUCUGUGGGUGUUUUUAUGAGCCACUGCGGUUGGAAUUCUACACUGGAUGCUCUGAGCUUGGGAGUUCCCAUGCUCACAUUGGGAGUUUGGACCGAUCAGCCCACUAAUUCUAAGUUUGUGACGGAUGUUUGGAAGACAGGGCUGAGAAUGAGGAGGCGAGAUGAUGGGAUUGUGGGGAGAGAUGAGACGGAGAGAUGUAUCAGAAUGGCUAUGGAAAGCGAAGAGGGAAAACAGCUAAGAAACAAUGGUUUGAAAUGGAGGGAAUUAUUGAAAUCUUCUGCUAGCGAAGGAGGUUCAUCUCACAGUAACUUGAACGCGUUUGCACAGGAGAUCAUUUCCAAAGCCAAAUAAUUGCCAACAGACUACAUAGAUGUGGAAAUGCAUAAUUAUUCUUCUUUGAUAAAUCGUAGGCAUCGAAUGUUUAUGUAGGACCCGUCCUUAAUGUGUAGAGAGCUGGCAUGAUAUGGAAAGCCCACCCGAAUAAGA